AUGAGCGUCAGCAACGCAAUGUCCUCGGACUGGCUCGACUGGAGGCGUCUCCUCGGCUUUGAGAGGCGACGCAGCCAUCAACAUGGCCACUGGUGGAAUGACUCUCGCAGACGACUGCUGCCCACCUAUGCCAACGAUGCCAUCGAGUCCGCCAUCCCCGCGAAAGAGGUCAGCAAGGUCGCCCUGCGCCUGCAUCACCUGAUCGAGGCCUGCGUGCCCUGCGAGAUGGAGGAAUCCCAAGUCACCAAGGCGCACAGCAGGGUGAUCACCAAGAAGGUCAUACAGGCCGCCAAAGAGGCUGGGGGCUCGGAAUACCAGGCCUGCGUGCGCUGGUUCAAGCACCAGGCCAUCGAGGAGCUGUGGGAUGCCGAGCUCCACCAAGUCCGUGGUACCGCCUGCGAGGUCAUCGCCAAGGGGAUCAUCGAGAAUGAGGAAGACACCGCCUACUUAAUGCACCAGGUCCUACUGAAGCGGUACUCCAUUGUCAUCGACAACGAGGAGACUCCGCCCGUCAACGUCAUCGAGAUGGCGGUCGACUUGCAUGCGCUCCGCGUCAUUGGCUCCUCGGGAUAUCAGAAGUGUAUCACGUACCUGUGGAAGGGCUGGCUGGUCCAGGACGAGAACGACCCGUCCAACUUUGUCGACUACAAGGAUCGCGACAACACCUCCUUCAUCGCCCACCUCGACCCUGACAGGAUGCGCGCUCCCAUGUACCAGAAUGCCGCACAGAUGCUCAUCUCGCUCAUCUACCUUGCGCUGUUUACCGGAGCAAUCAACACCAUCAAUCGAGAUGGCGACCUGGACUUUGUUGAGGGAUUGCUCUAUGCCUUCACCUUUGGCUUCCUCUUUGACGAGUUUGCCAAGGUCUGGAAGGCCGGAUACCACAUCCUCGGCUUCUGGAAUGCAUUCAAUGGUGUCUUGUACUCCCUGCUGAUGGUCAGCUUGGCCAUGCGCUUCGUCGCCUUUUCCAAGCCCAAGUCGCCCGAGGGCGACAGGGGCUCGAGAGAGAUGUUCAAUGAGCUCAGCUACAGCUUCCUCGCCUGCACUGCACCCUUGUUCUGGACACGCCUGCUCUUGUAUCUGGACAGCUUUCGCUUCUUUGGCGCCAUGCUCGUGGUCCUCAAGGUCAUGAUGAAGGAGUCGGUCAUCUUCUUUGCCCUCCUGCUCGUCGUGUGCAUUGGCUUCCUCCAGUCGUUUAUCGGACUCGACUACGCCAAAGACUUUGUUUUGGGCGACUUCACCUUCAUCCUGCAGUCCAUGGCCAACGCCCUCAUGCAGAGCCCCGACUUCAGCGGCUUUGAGAACUUCGGUCCUCCGUUUGGCAUCAUCCUCUACUACAUCUUUACCUUUAUCGUCAUGGUCAUCCUCCUCAACAUCCUCAUCGCGCUGUACAACUCAUCGUACGAGGACAUCUACGGCAACGCCGACGACGAGUACCUCGCGCUCUUCUCGCAAAAGACGAUGCAGUUUGUCCGCGCGCCCGACGAGAACGUCUUCAUCCCGCCCUUCAAUCUGAUCGAGGUGUUCUUCUUGGCGCUGCCGCUCGAGUGGUGGAUGAACAAGAAGCUGUACGAGCGCAUCAACGACGUGGUCAUGGCCAUCAUCUACUCGCCGCUGCUGCUGGUGGCGGCCUACUUUGAAAAGCGCACGGCCAUUGAGAUUCGGGGGAACCGCAGCCGUGGCGAGGACGACGACGACACGAUCGAGGAGUGGGAGCAGAUGCGCGACGAGGUCGACUUUGAAGGGGAAGGGUGGGACAAAAAGGUCGAGAGCGCCAAGAGCAACGUCGAGGAGGAGCCGGCGGUGCUCGAGGUGCGGAAGCUCAGGGCCGAGAUGGAGGAGCUGAAGAGGAUGAUCGCCGACUUGGCCAAGGCUGUUGGCGGCGGGGGUGCCGGCGAUGGCAAGGAGAAAGGCGAAGGGUCUCAAGACUUGCUAAAGUAA